AACGAUGUGGUGCAUGAAAUCCUUACUAAGCAGACUUAUAUGACACACACAAAGGGCUGUGCUGAAUAACCGAACCGGGUUCUGAACUAAUGUACUUAUUGCAUUGCAACCAUGGAGUUGAAAAUGUCAAACACUAGUAAUGGCCAACAGACAGACCGAUAUGUGUAACGCACACCACUCAAUACACUUUUUGCUAGCGGAACAAGUAGAGUGCUUACAAAUUGAUAUUUGUGAAACUUUAUGAAAACCUUUGAUGUAUUCUAACUGUAUUAUUAUUGUGAAGAUACAUACAUAUGCAUAUCCAUCAUAAAUACGUUGAUGGGUUCUAUUCAACAUAUAUUAUUGCAUAGCAAAGUGACAAGUUUUUGACAGUUUUACUUAUUGCAAAGUUACCAGAGUCAAAACAACGUGUUAUUAGAAUAUACUGAAAAUGAGCUCCGAUAACGACUCAGAUUUGGAUAACGUGAUUGAGGGCAUUAUUCAGGAUUUAGAUGAUAAACCUGCCAAAGCCAAAACUCCGGCAGUCUCAAUCUACAAAGGCUCAGAAAUAAAAAAUUCGGAAGUAAAGACAAGUCAGGCGAAAUUUGUACGAUUUCAAGAUGGUGCUGGUGCUGGUGAUGACGAUCAAUCUCAAACGGGCUCAAUGUUCAAGAAACUUGCUCCCUCAAACUUACUAAAUAACAUGUUUUUCUCAGGAGAUUCUACAGGAAACAAUGAACCUCAAACCGACCCUGACAAUAUUUCUAAAACGUCACGCAACACAAAUAGCAACACCAACCUAAAGGAUGAUUGGCUUGGUAUUAGCUCUUCAAAACCGGAAGCAUCGGCAUUAUCUCAGCAAUCAAACAGGCCACAACAGUCCAAAUCUAACCCCAUGGACGUAUUUAUGAUGGACCACAAUUUUGGUUUAAAUUUUGACACCGACGCCGAUAAAGGGAGUAGCAAUAAACUUGGAAAAUCAGAUUCUAUUAAUGCUAGCAAACCUCCACUUCCACCAGGAAUUAGUACUGCAAAUAAGCAAUCAGAACCACAGCUUACUCAAAGAAACAAGCCGACCGUUUCAUUAUCGUCGUCGUUGGACACAUUCCUCGAACCUCUCAGCAACGCCACUAAUCAGAAAGCAAUCAAUUUCACUCCCCCAACUGCUGCAAGACCUUUGGCUUCCACUGAUUCGCCUCUGUCGUCAUUGGAGUUUCAAGGGGCACAACAAAAGCCAAAGGCUGUCUCCCUAGUGGAUGCAUUGCCUUUUCUCUUAGGAAAUCAGCAGCAGCAGCAACAACCUUUAAAUGAAGAAAUGCAUAGCGCCCCGAAUAGUGUACUUGUUGAACAACCUGCUCCUGGUUUAGCAUCAAAGACCGUCAAAAAGAAAACAAAAUCUGCAGCUAUGCAAAAGUCUGGAGACAAUAAUCCUGCGGAUCGAGUUGGUGUGACGCUGCAACUCCCAUCACACCUUAUCAACGAGGAUGAACUGAAAGCCAUGAGCUCCAGUCUUAAAACAUUGUACGCCAACCAGUUAGAGCUUCAGGAAUUAAGUUAUCGGGAACAACUGGACUUUUUUGCAAGUCAGAGUAAACGAAAAGAAGACAUGUUGAAAGACGAGCUGGCGAGAAUGCAAGAAGAUUAUGAACAAAGAAUACAAAAGUUGAAAGCUGAGCUGGAAACUGGCAACUUUUCUCAGGUGAAUCAAGAGUUGUCCCACAUUUCAACAAACUUGGAGAAGGUCACAUCACAACUCGAGUCCAUUAAAACUUUUUCCCAGCCCAAUUCUACCAUUAUUGUGCCAGAAGUUUUGAGAUCACUGCAACAAGAAAUGGGGAAAGAUGUGGAAACCAUGAUUCGAAAGGGUUUCUCAUCACUUGAAACUAAUUUAACCUCCAAUGAAGAUAAAUUUGAUAGAUACUUUAAAAGUGCCGAUGCUCGACAUGAGUCGUUUGGCGAAAUUUUAGAAAAGUUAAAUGGUAUUUCGGACUACAGUAGAAUAUCUGAAGAUAAAAUAUUGAAGAGUCAGGUCCAAAUGAAAACCUCUAUGGAGGAGUCAGUUCUGUCAACCAUUACCAAAGUUAUGGAACACUCACGACAUGAAGAUUUGCGAAAAAAGGACAAGUCUGCCCUCCAUAUGAAAGAACUUCGCAGAGAUUUGCGACAUUUAUAUUCUGAACUGGACGGAAAAAAUGAUCUCAUUCAUAGAUCGCAACUUAAUGUUGAACUGGAACAACGCACUAUCACUCAGUCAGUCCGAGAUAUCAACACGUUCCUCAAAGUCCUCAACGAAUCUAAUCAUUCCUUUAGUAAGAACAAUCCUCCCGUCGACUUCUCCUCGUCCCAACAACAACUCGCCUCAACGAUGCAGGCAGUUCAGGCAAAUGUACAAAAUGAAAUGGAAAUCAAGUUGCUUCGUGAAGAGCGGAAGUCAAUGUCAGAGUCCAUCGCUCAGAUGAACGUAGAAAGGAGAAAGUUGGCCGAGGAGAAGAUAAACCUGGAAAGGGAUAAGAUGGAUCUCGAACGGGAGAAAAAUCGCAUUCGAGAUGUCGAAGCCAACGCUAAAUCACAGCUCACAGAGGCUGAAAAUAUAAAACGGCAAGCGGAGCAAAUUCGCCAUCAACAAUCGGGAAUUACCAUCGAGGCUGAAUCAAAACUGCACACCUUGUCCAGAGAGAAGACGAAACUGAAGGAACGUCUCUUCGCCUUGGAACAAGCUCUCAUGCUCAAAGAACAGAAAUUGUUUCAGGAGAAAAGUGAGGUAAUCCGAGAGAAGGAAUUCGUCGAGAGGUUGAGGCAACAGUCUCUUUGUGCCGGAUGUCUUAAAACCUUGAAAGGAGAGGUUCUACACCUUCCAUCAAAAUAUCUGCAUGGGGGAAGGUCUUCCGGAGAUGGGUUGGAUUUGGAAUCCGAUUUUGGUCCAACAGUAAAAAUUUCGCAAAUUCUUACUCCUGAUGAGAAAGCCUAUUUCCUCCAGGAAAGUAAAUACCUACAGGAAUUGGGAGACAGGGUCAUACCCAAAAAUUUUUGAGGAGUGUACAGUAUAAAUAUUACAGUACUCUGCUUAUUCAAUAAAUAUUUCAUAAACACGCG